AUGAUUCAAGAUGAACGAGUUGACCGAUUUCAAAUUCUAUUCUUUACAAAGACACAAAAUGCAAGCUUUAUAAAGAUUUUAUACAAAUUCAGAGGCAAUUUGUCAGAUGAAGAAUUAAACAGGCUAGGACAAACUCUUACACAGGAAGUCGUAGCCGUUCACGUAGUCGCUCACCGCGCUCCUUAUCACGUACUAGAAGCCGUUCCUACUCUUACUCUUCCAGAAGUCGCUCUCGUUCUUAUAGCAGGAGUCAGUCGCGCUCUUUAUCCUACUCACGUAGCCGUUCUCGUUCUCCAUACUCUCGUAGAAGACGAAAUCUUCGGCACGUUCGGACGAAUCAGAAGCGUUGAAAUGGCGUUAGAUGAAAAAUGGCAAAUGAACAAGGGUAUGGCCUUUAUUGAUUUUGACACCAGGGCCGAAGCAGAAAGGGCUAUAAGUUAUAUGGAUGGUGGGCAACUUGAUGGUGCAGUGCUCACUUGCACAUUUGUUCCACGUCGGCCACCCACACCACCGCCACCUAGACGUAGAGCAGCUACCGUGCUCGCGGAAGGUCCCCGUUACGACGCUAUUCAAGAUCACGAUCUAGAUCCCCUAUACGUCGUAGACGUUCCUAUUCUUAUAGUGAUUCUUACAGCUCUAGGAGCAGAUCUAGAUCACCAUACUCGAGAAGUCGUAGCAGAAGCUAUUCUAUAA